ACCAAACAGAUGCUUCAGGUUUUAGUUUUCUUCGUGUUACUUUAGUAGUAAUGUGAUGGUUCUGAACAAUUAGCUUUAUUACAACGGAAACUUCAGCUGUUUUAAUUAUUGGUUAGUUUAUAGUGACUGCUACCUUGUAUUACAUGGUUAUUUGAGUUUGAGGAAUUUUUAAAAUAGAUUAAACAAUGAUGCUGUAUUAUUGACUGUUGUAUGCUUUGAGGGUUCCAGUUAUCAAAAAUAAAUUGAAAGUUGGUAUUAUGAAUCUUCUGGCAGUAAAAAUCUAAGGUGUAGAUGUUUGCUGAGGAACAUAUCGUUGGUUUCUCUACCUACUACUAGCCGAAUGUUUGCCAUUUGCUGGAUUCAAGGUGCACUUUAGUAAAAGUUUAUCCAAAAGUACCAAAUUGUAACAGAGUACAUUCUUCAGGUUUACAUUUCACCUCACAGAGUAAAGAUUAUUGCACCUGAAAAUGCAAGCGAUUUGUGGAUCUGCUAGCUGAGAGAAAUCUUGAAACCAAAUCACCAGAUAAACUUUAUGUGCCAAACAAGAUUCUGAAAAGAGAUUUCUGUUAAAUUGUUGGAGACAAUGAACAAGCCAUGGGAAGAACUUUUUUUUAAACCUGGGAAGGAUAAUAAAAUUGUUUUUGAAGAUGCUGCUGCCAGUUAGUUGUCAUUUUUAGUUCAUCUGAUCUUUGUUACUGAAAUGAAGGAGGUGGUGGAAUGGUCAUCCAAAGAUGUGCUAGACUGGCUGACAGAGCAUGGCAUGCAAGAGUACACUGAUGCAUUUCAAAAUAAGCUUGAUGGCCCAGGCUUAUUAAAACUGUCUAAGGAGGAUUUCUGUAGGCCACCUUUGUCACUUGUUGCUUCGGACAAUGGCCAACAACUGCUGGAAAAAAUAGAAACACUAAAGAUGGAGCAUCACAUAGAAGUGCACAAGAAUGGUCAUGCCAAUGGUCACCUUAACAUGAGUUCCCUGAAUGCCGACAGCACGAAUGAUAUGCAUAAUAAAACCAAAAGAACUGGGUUGGCAAAUGGUUACCGAAAAGAAAUGGUUCAAAUCUCUAUGCCAGAACAAGAGUGGCUUCCAUCCUCUCUGGAAUGGUGGAAGACUGGUGUGGCUUUCCUUUAUGCACUUUUCUGUUUUCUACUUACAACAGUGAUGAUCUCAGUUGUCCAUGAACGUGUGCCUCCCAAGGAGGAACAGCCACCUCUACCAGACAAAUUUUUUGACUAUUUUGACAGGGUGGAGUGGGCCUUCUCCAUCUGUGAGAUUAAUGGCAUGAUACUUGUAGGAUUAUGGCUGGUUCAGUGGGUGCUAAUGGAGUACAAAUCCAUUGUGGGGAGGAGAUUCUUCUUCAUAGUUGGCACCCUGUAUUUGUACAGAUGUAUUACAAUGUAUGUGACAACACUCCCAGUGCCUGGCAUGCACUUCAACUGUUCUCCAAAGCUGUUUGGGGAUGUCGAAGCACAGUUUAGGAGAAUUAUGAAGAUGAUAGCUGGAGGUGGGCUGUCAAUCACAGGAGCGCACACCAUGUGUGGAGACUACCUGUACAGUGGGCACACUGUUAUGUUAACACUCACCUACUUAUUUAUCAAAGAAUAUUCUCCGAAAGAUUGGUGGUGGUAUCACUGGUCCUGCUGGGUUCUCAGUAUUGUUGGGGUUUUCUGUAUUCUUCUGGCACAUGAUCACUAUACCGUGGAUGUAGUGGUGGCAUAUUAUAUCACUACACGUCUUUUUUGGUGGUACCAUACCAUGGCUACACAGCAAGUAUUAAAGGAAGCCUCCAAGACUAAUUUUCUAUCCCAAGUGUGGUGGUAUAAAUUCUUUCGGUUUUUGGAAAGCAACGUUCAAGGCAUUGUACCUCUUACAUACCAUUUGCCAUUUUCCUGGCCAUCCAUUUCACAGUUCUUUGGGAAAAAAAUUAAAUACAGCAGAUUAGUGACUGAUACAUAACACUAGGUAACUUAGAGGACUGUGCAAAGUGCUGAAAAAUCCCUUUGAGCUGAUGCCAUUUUGAACUUUCUGCUAAUUCAUGUAUUGCAGCGUUUUUACUAAAGUGUUCCAAUUUAACUGGUCAGCACUGUGAUCUUUCCAAAGGACUAUAGAACAAAAGCAGUUGACAUGCACUAUAUAAUCUUUUGUUAAUUGUCUGUUUGUCUUUGAUAUUUGCCAUAAACGCAAUCACAUUCAGUUGUGUUUGAUAUUAACUGCAUCAGUGGCAAUUGUCCUGUCUGCUUGUGUUUUAUUUAGCCUGUUUGCAAAGGUGUCUGGGAUAAAUUGUAUUUUUUCAAUCAAAUUUAUCUUCUCAAUAAUUCAUGCCCCAAAGACUGGGCUUAAAGCCAUUCUCUUGAAACUCUUUAGCUAUAUAAGCAAAAUAGUUGGUAAAUAACAUGACUGGGUUCUGUAUGUAUUUUAGAACCAGUGUGGCAAAAGAAACUUAAGUGCAAAAACAUUUUAUAAAACUCAUCCUUGUUAUGUUAAAUGAAUGUGGCAGUGCAAAAAAAAUCAAAUCUUCACAGGAAUUUUCAACUGCUAAGAUGAAGUUUGCAUAGAACACUCAUAGCAAGAAUGAAAUCAUCACCGGGUGGAGGUUUUGACUGAUAGUUUUCUAGUGCCUUUUCUUGUCCUGAUUGUAUGGUCAGUAGGUGGUCUCAGAUAUAGUAUAUGAAAAUUCAAAAUCCUAUAUGUAUGUUACCUUGAGUAUUGAGUUAAUAAUUAACUGUUGCAGAAUUGCAAAAUGUAAGCUCAACAAUGAGCAUUCAAUUUUGUAGUUAUUAUUUCUGUGAUCCAUAUCUUGAAUACUUAGAGAUAUUGGGUGCAAAAUUAAAGAUGGUUAUAUUCAAUUCACUAACUGUGGGCAUGUCCUGUUAGCUAUAUUACUGCACAAGUAAAUUAUUUUAUUAUAUAAAUGGGAAGUAUGACAGCAAAUCCGUUGGUUUUUGACUUCCUUUUUAUAGAUUUUGCAUUUUUCUUAAAUAUCAAGUCAUAACAUGAAGGUGAAAUAAAUGUGUGCAGAGGUUAAUGUACUAGCAAAGUAUCUAUGCUCCUCUGAUUUGUUGGUAAAGCAGCUGCAGAGAUGCUCUAUUUCUAUAAAUUUUAUUAUAUUUGUGCAAAUAAUGCAUGUAGUCUUUAAAUCUCACCCAAAUCAGAAGUCGUGAAAAUGAAGUCUAUACUUGCCAAUGUGGGAAAUAGUUUUUUAUUGCAAAAUAUGAUCUCCAUUCUGUAUUUUAUGUGAAAGGAAAUUCUUUUCUGUAGUUUUGUGAAUACACAAGGUGAUAUUUGUAUUGUAAAACAAUUAUGAAGGAUGAACAAUAAAAAACUUUAAAUGUAAACAUU